GAAAAGGGAAAAGCACUAUUUGCAAACGUGCAUAAUCAACCAUAUCAAGGGGAUCUCCAUACACGUUCCAGUUACGCCCUACUUCUGGCUCACUGACUGCAUGCGUUUAUUUUGUGCACCUUUGCUACUUUGCUUCCAAAUUGCUCUCUUAUGUUUCGCGGAUCAUCAAGAUUUAUAGUUACAAUGUCCAAGUAAUUUUCCCUCACUCUCAAGAGCUCUGAUCACUGAAGUCAUUAUUUCUCCAUCCAUACACACAAAAAUAUAUAGCUCUUAUAUUUGGAAGCAACUAUGUUGUCAUCACAACCCCAUAGAGGAUGCAGUCUAGUGUCGUCAAAUGUUAGGGUUGCUACCAAAUUUACACAUAAUUCAAAAUGUUAUUCUCCUCGUUCCGCUAUUGUUCGGGCAGUACUUACGACCAAACCUACUGCUACCACCAGUACUACAAAUGUGAUAGAUCACGCAAUUCCUACACCUAUUGUUUACAAAGACAAUUGGUUCGAUCGACUCGCCAUUAAGCAUAUUUCUCAAAGCAUCCAAGCUAUUACAGAAAUAAAAAAUGAUAAGAGUGGUUACGAAAGUUUUGUAGAGGCGUCAGCUGCCGUGAUUCAAAUUUCCAAAGACACGAAGAUGCAACAAGAAUUGGUUAUCCAAACUCUCAAUAAAGCUUUCCCUAAACGCAUCCUCUCCUUGGUAUAAUCAACUUCUUGCAAUUCACAUUUGAUAUCUCAUGUUAGCUCUGAAUGUAUCAAUGUCCUACAAAAGUGUA